CGACAAAACAGUGCUGUUGAGAUGUACGUAUGGGACACUUCUUCCCCCCAACUUGUCCACUUCGCCGCCACCCCCUCCCCGAGGAGGCCGGAAUGCCGGUGCCCUUCCGCAAGGGCCCACUCUCCUCGACGAAGCAUGAUGGUAACCUUUGCUUUUAUUGCACUUCGUACAGAUUGCGACGAUCAGUUCGACCCUGAGUCGUCGACGGCGACUAUCGGCAUCGACUUCAAGAUGAAGAAGCUGGCCGUACGGGGCAAGGCGUACCGAUUAAACAUAUUCGAUACGGCCGGCCAAGAACGAUUCCGCACCCUGUCGACGAGCUACUACCGGGGCGCGCACGGCGUUAUCCUAGUUUACGAUAUCUCCAACCGGAAGAGCUUCCUCAGCAUGGAGAGGUGGAUCGACGAGGCGAGGUCGAAUGCGUCUCCCGACGCCGUACUCUACCUGGUCGGGACCAAACUAGACAGGGUGGCCGCAAGCGGUCGGGCAGUCUCCUUCGAGGAGGGCAAAGCAUUCGCCGAGUCCCAGGGCGCCGGCUUCUGCGAGGUCAGCGCCAAGACCCGGGAGAACGUGCGUAAGCCGUUCGUCGAAGUCGUCGACCGGAUCGUCCAAAAGCCCGAACUUUUUGCUGGGGCUGCCCCCGCCACGGGUCUGAAUCUGGGUCUUCCGUCAAACUAUUCUUCUGCCUGCCCUUGUUAAAAAGAAACACCCGCUAGGGGUGUGCACGUUCUUUCGGAGUUAUUGUGUUUUUCUUUUCUUCUAAGGGAAGGGGGGGGGGGAUAUUUUUCUCGAGCAAGUAGAUCACCGCUGGGUCCUUUUUUU